GGUCCCGGUUCCCCCAGCCGGAAGUUGCCAAAAAAAAUAAGCUAGUACAAGAUCUGCAUUCCCUUCGGUUUAAAGGCGGAUUCCUUCUUAUUCAUGAGUGCGGAGCGCAGCUUCCUUUUUUAUGCCGCUAUUCCAUCGCGGAUACUCUCCCGAAGAAAAUCCUGUGGUCUUUCUCGCCCCCGACCUUUUCACAAUAAGAGGGUGUCUGUUUUCUUUAUCUUAACUAACGGGGGCGUCUGCAGUUUUUAUACAUUUAUCUUAAAGCGUAAUAUGAGAAUUUUACGCAUCCCGAACCGCUCAGUGUUUGCUUUGUUAUUUCUCUUCUCCUUGUCAUCUUCAUUUCUGUACUUCAUCUAUGUAGCGCCUGGAUUGGUAAACACGUAUCUAUUUAUGAUGCAAGCCCAAGGCAUCAUGAUCAGAGAGAGUGUGAAAACAAUGGGAUCUCAAAUGUAUGAGCAGGUGGUUCGCAGUACCUAUGCUAAGAUGAACAGCAGCCUUAAUGGUACAGAUUAUCCAGAUGAUUUAAACCAUAGUGAAACUUAUCUACAAACCACAACAUUUCUUCCUGAAGAUUUUACCUACCAAGCAAACCUCAUGUGUCCUGAAAGACUUCCGUCUAUGAAGGGUCCAAUUAAUGUAAACAUGACUGAAAUUUCUUUGGAGGAAAUCCAGGAAUUAUUUGCUAAGGAUCCUUAUAUCCAGAUUGGUGGUCACUGGAAACCAAGAGAUUGCAUACCUCGUUGGAAAGUCGCAAUUUUGAUCCCUUUCCGCAAUCGUCAUGAACAUCUCCCAAUCCUGUUGAGACAUCUCAUUCCAAUGCUACAGCAUCAACGCUUGCAGUUUGCUUUUUAUGUUAUUGAACAGGCUGGCUUCCACCCAUUUAACCGUGCAAUGCUGUUCAAUGUUGGAUUUAUGGAGGCUUUGAAAGAUAUGGACUGGGAUUGUGUGAUCUUUCACGAUGUUGAUCAUAUACCCGAAAAUGAUCGCAACUACUAUGGUUGUGGACAGAUGCCAAGGCACUUUGCAACUAAGCUAGAUAAAUACAUGUACUUACUUCCUUACAAUGAAUUUUUUGGUGGAGUCAGUGGAUUGACAGUGGAACAGUUUAAGAAAAUCAAUGGUUUCCCAAAUGCAUUUUGGGGUUGGGGAGGUGAAGAUGAUGAUCUCUGGAAAAGGGUUCAGUUUGCUGGACUUACAGUAACAAGACCAGGGGGUGAUUUAGGAAAAUACAAAUCAGUUCCUCAUCAUCAUCGAGGGGAAGUGCAGUUCUUGGGAAGAUAUGCUUUAUUGAGACAUUCUAAAGAAAGGCAAAAGCUUGAUGGCCUGCAAAACUUGAAGUACUUUCCAAAUAUUACAGUUGAAGCCUUGUAUAAAAAUAUAACUGUAAACUUGACACCGGAGCUGGCUCCAGUGAGUGACUAUUAAUCUAGAAUGGGCAUAACAGUUUAGUGAGGGUUAGGGUUGCUUGCUCAGAAAAAUUGGUGGACUUGCAAACCUGGUAAAAAUCUGCAGUGAGACAACACAGAAGUUCCUUUGCGUAGUCACGAGGAAUUGGCCAGCAGUUGACUUUAUUAUUUGACACCAAAUUGAAUAUUGAUCAAUGACUAUGCAGCAGUGCUGGUGAAUGAGAAAACCAGGCCUAAAAAAUUCAUUGUAUAGCGAACUUCUUCAAUGUAACCUCUUUCCAUUUUUCCAAUUGGAUAAUCGUACAUCAUUAAUCAAGAAGAAAACAUAAACUGAAGAAUCCACUGAACAGUAUCUGGACAAUGAAUCAAUCUGAAUUUCAAGACUGCAGAGCUACUUGGAAACUGUUAAAUCAUAUUUUGGCUUAGGAUGCCAAGAAGAAUGAAGUGAGCAGUUUCCUUUCCAAUCACCUUGUGAUCAAAUGUUAAAUUGAAAGCAUACCAUACCUUGUUUUUAUUCGCUAGCAAUUGUUAAUGCACUUCUAGUGGAUGAUGUUUUGUUUUGUAAAUAAGCUGUGAAUUGCCAGAUAUUUUUUUAUUUAUAGUCUACUGAACCACAAGGUUUACAUGUUCAGAUCAACAAUAUAAGUCUGACACUGUUGUAUAUGUACAGCACAGAACACACUGAAUAUAAUCCCCUUAAUUUUGAAUGUGAGGUGAAUAGAUUCGUAUGUGUUCCUGAAUAUAUAACUUAGUGGGUGUUCUAUUUCAGUCCUCUUUACUGCUACACUCUCAUGCUGCUGAAAUUCAUGGAUUGUUCCCAGAAAAUUUGGCAUAUUUGUAUAUGCCCCUGUUAAAGCAACAAAUUGUGGUUGUUUGACUUAAUGCAAAUAUAAGCAAUUACAAUGAAUAAUCGGCAUUUUAAAAGUAAAUGUGUGCUAAUUAUACUAUGACAUUUUAAUUAACAAGGUAGUACAUUAGAAAUGUAGGAAGCAAUUUUGCAUUAUUACAAAUUGGGUUUAUGGCAACCUCCAGAAAUUUUGAAACUGCUGAGUUUGUGUUUAUUUAAUGUUCUGUAUUUGGGAAAUUUAACUAACUUCUUUAGUCCAAGCACUUAGCUAAUACUUUGAGCUUAUCUGCCUGAAUUGGUGAGUUCCUUUCCUUGUAUGCCAAUCAUAUUUGUGAACAUUUGUUAAAGGUCAACUUAUUGACUAGGUGCUAAUGCCCAUUGUCCAUUUGAAUAAAAAUGGUUUCCAGAUGUUGUUAUAGUUCGCUGCACACGAUAGUAAUAGGACAAGGAGCUAAAUCCAAGCUUCUGCAGGGUUUUUGACGAGGACAAAUUAAAUGCGUGUUAGUACAUGAUGAGUCUGUCUGCAUGGCUUUAACACAACUGUUAUAGCUCUAGUGUUAUAUGUGCCAGGAGGAGAUGGGGAAAAGAGAAAAUUAUAGCAAAAGAAGUGGAGAGAUAUAUAUAUAUGUAUAUAUGUAUGUAUAUUUUUGUAUCAAUCUUUGGUUUACACCUUUUUUGAGUCUAUGGUCCCAUCCACCAAUGAAUGGUAAUGUCAUGAUACAGGCCCUGCUGUUUGCAAUGAGGAACAACCCUGGUGUACAGACAUGAAAGCUUUUGUUGCAAGGUCAUGAUCAGUCAAUAUGAGAGGACAUCUGGGGAUGAAAUUUGUCCUUUUUUUUGCCAAGCUGCUAGUAGGAACACAAAAUAAAAUUCCUAUUUUGGACUCUGAACCUUUUUUAAGCAAAAAAAAAGGAUCAAAGGCAAAGAAUUUCACUCUCCUAGACUUAUUUGUCCUCGAAAGGCUGUUAGCCUUAUUCAGUUUUUAUGUUAGUAUUUGAAGCUGGUGUUUCACGAAGAAGUAUUGCAUAUAUUAUCCAGAAUAUUAAAUAUGAUGCGGUCAGAGUGUAUAGCAAUAAAGAGAAUGCUGAUUUGUUUCAUUUUCAGCUGUUGGUCGUGGUUUAAAAUGGUAACUUGUGUUGCUAUUUCUGAAACUGGUAUUGCUUUAGUACAGAAAUAAACAUGUAAUUGUAUUUGUUUUGAUCAUAGCUAUAUGUAACCCUAUGUUUGUGUCUUUUCUUCCCUCCUUUUAUCUUUUCUCUCAUGCAUGCGCGCACACACGCACGCGCACACACGCACGCGCACACUCUCCAAUGGCUUUGAUGAAGCACUUAAAUAUGUACUGUUCAUGUUUUGCUGAUUUUUUUUUCUCUAAACAAUUUCUCUUGUGUGAUUGUGUAGAUGAGAAAAUUGUGAUAUGCAUGCUCCAACAUAUUAUAGAAAACAUUUUGAAAAAUGUCACAGUUUAAGAAUUGGAAAGCUGCUGUAAGGCAGUACAUGUUCCAAAAUUCUCUUGAAUAUUAUUUCCCCCUUUUAACUUCUUGUCAAUUUGAAACUAUUCCGACCACAAUUCUUUUCGUUCUAAAUAUUCAACAUACCUAUUUGGUAAAUGAUUUGCCCAUUUCAUAAGCAUGUUUCAUGUAAUGGAAUUGAUGGAUAAUUCUGAUUUUAACCACUUUUUAACUAUGUUGUUCACAAGACCCACAAUGUUUGCACAUGACCCAGAUUGCAUGUAAAGAAGUCAGUAAAUGGACAAAAAAGUAGAAAUCUAUCAAACUUUCAAUAAUACUGUGCAGGAAGAUGGGCAAAAAAAACUUGAAAUUACCAGCCCUUUUUUUCCUCAAGUGUUGGCAUGCAUUGUUAAACUAUGGUGCCUGUUUAAAUUUUUGUUGUAUGGUCUAGUUUUUGCAUGUUUCCAAGUGGAGUUGGCCAGGCAACGUUCUAGACCUAUGCACUGAAAAGCAUUGGAAAGUAUUAGAGUUCUCACCUCAAAGCCUUCUGUCCCUUAUUUCACGCCUUUGAUCAUUUGUUAUACAUUUUUGUAUUUAAUUUAUGGAUGAAUUUUUCAAUAAAAAAUGAAAGACACCAUGAGUUGAUGUGUAGCUCACAAAUA